AUGGACAAGUAUCUCAUGAGCUCCCCGACGCAGCUCACGCAGUUCUUCAUGCCUGGCGACCUGCGGCCGCGCCAGCCUAUCGACGACAACAACGGCCUCAUGGGCCCGCCCGAAAACGGCAGUCCCGGCGGCUACGAGGACUUGGACUACGCCUCGGAGUUGCCCGAUUUCUCCUACGACCACCUGGCCACGUUGGACUUGGACGACGUGGAGUCCCGCGCCACGCCGUUUUUCUCCAAAGGCCACUCCAAACACUUCUCCGUGGACGGCCAUUUGCAGAUGCCGUUCACCUUGAACACGGGCGCACGGCUCGGCUUCCAGCACCUGCGCAACGUGUCGCUCGACGACCAGCAAUAUCGGCCGGUGCACGUGACGCCGGGCGCCCAGCACGGCCAGUCGGUGCUGCUGACAGGCAACUCCGCAGACCCGCCCUCGGGCACGUUUCUGCAUCUGGUGUCCACCUCCACGUUUGCGCUGGUGGACCUGGCGCUGCAGCUCUCGCUGCUGGUGUCCACCAAGCUGCUUCUCGAGUCGCCGUACUCCAGCUUGGGUGCCGCGGCGCUGACGCCGGCGCGGCGGAAGAUGCUGGCGUCGCUUUCGUCUGGGAACCUCUUCACAACGCCGCUCCGGGGCUCUGUGGGCCAGUCGCCGGGGCUCAAGGUGGCCAAGGCGCUGGCGGGCCACCGCCGCAAUCGCCUGCGUGCGUCUGUGGAGCCGGGCCUGGCGCUGCUUUUGGCGCUGAUUGCCAACCUGAAGGCAACGCACGUUCCUCACAACCAGCCGUUCAACGGCCAGCCAUACAACGGGCAAGCGCACAACUACCAAGCAUUCAACGGGCAGGCCUUCAACGGGCAGGCGCACAACAACCAAGCAUACAACAUUCAAGCAUACAACGGCCAGGCAUACAAUGAGCAAUCAUUCACCAGCCAGGCAUACGGCAGUCAUGCGCCCGGGGGCCACGCGCCCCAAAACCCGUUCGAAAGCGCCGUGCUCUCGCCGAGCCUGGGCCCUGCAGACCGCUUUGACGGCACGCCCCUGACCACGCCACAGGCAGGUGCCCUGGCAUCCAUGUACUUCACGCCCGUUGCCCAGAGCCUGCAUUUCGGAGGCUCUUUGCACGAGUCGAGUUUCGGUGCCACGGGCGCGCAGCUCCCCCGCAUGAUGAUGCCGCCGCACAAUACGUUCCGCACGGGGCCGUCCUUGCCGAGGUCGGACACCCUCGAGCUGCUUGGCCUCCAAGACCAGGACGACGACGCAUGCACCCAGCUCCGCCGUAGUCUCCCGCGUGCCGGGCUCAGCCGCUCUGCCAGCAUGCGCAACAUCCCCGCUCAGGGGCCCUACGUGCACUCGCCAUUAACGGGCCACGCCGCGGCGCAGAUCGACUUGCUCCUGCCCGAGCUUGUGGGCCAGCUGCGGCCCUCUGCAUUGAAGUCGUACCCGGCGUCAAUCGACCUUGCGUCCAUCACGAAACUGGGCAUGGCGCUGGCUUCGGCGCUGGCUUCGGCGCUGGGGCCGGCGCUGAACAUGGCGCUGCCUGGGCCGCCCGGAGCGCCCCACAACGCGCUCUUGCCGCCGCUCCCAUCAUCGCGCUCGGCAGCCAGCAUCCCGACACUCACGGGCUCUGUCUACGAGGAACGAGCGCUGCUGGCUUCCAAGGAGUCUUUCCCCAACAUAUCGCAGAUUCAUGAGACUUCUACUACCGACGACAUUGCCAAGUUCGCGGAGCACAUUUUGAAGUCGGACAUGAAGCGGCCCAUCGUGGUGCACGAGGACUCCGCGGACGUGGACGACCCGAAGAAGAAACACAAGUGUCCGCUCUGCUACGCGCGGUUCCAGCGGCCCGAGCACGUCAAGCGCCAUUUGAAGAGCCACUCUUCGGAAAAGCCCUUCCAGUGCGACGUGCCAGACUGUGGCCGGCGAUUCAACCGCAAGGACAACUUGAAAGCGCACUUGAAAAAGAUCCACGGCAACAUUGCGAGCUGA